AUGACCUCGGAUCUGAUCGAGCAUUUCAAGCUCGAUGCUCAAGUCCAUGAUGACCACACUGUGCAUAUCGAGCCCGCACGGGGCAUGCGUAAGGCACCGAUUGAGCAGAUAUGGCAUAGAGAAAAAUCCCUAGGCCAUGGCGCGUUUGGCGAGGUGUGGCUCGAAGCGCAAAAACACCAGGGCCCGCGUACAACGAGAGCUGUGAAGCUCAUACAAAAGAGCCGUAUGCAGCAAGUCAACAUUGACUACAAGAGAGAGUUGCUGGCGCUGGCUAAGUUGUCUCGGUAUCCGGAACUCUUUGUAACUCUGCAAGCGUGGUACGAGAAUGAAAGCAAUGUGUUCCUCGCAAUGGAAUACUUCCCAUACGGCGAUCUCGACGCCUACAUUGAUGUUGGUGUUUCUGAAGACGGUGCGAAGUUGAUCUGCGGACAAUUGCUGGAUGGUCUCAGCCUCAUGCACAACAUCGGGUUCACGCAUCGAGACCUCAAACCGAAAAACAUCUUUGUUGCAUCACCGGGCCCUCACUGGGGGGUGAAGAUUGGGGAUUUUGGUAUUUCAAAAAGGAUAGCUACAGAACAGACAGCGUUGCGCACUAUGGCGGGGACGCAGCAGUUCCAGGCUCCGGAAAUACUGGGUUAUGUUGAUGAAGCUGAAGAGACUUCAGAGUAUACUAAUGCUAUGGAUAUGUGGUCGUUGGGCUGUGUCGCCUAUCUACUCCUGACGAAGACCAUUCCUUUCGCCAAACCUCGCAUCCUAAAUGAAUUUUGCUCGGGGAGGGCACCAUUUCCGUCUGCAAAUCUACAAGACAAGGGUAUCAGCUCAGAGGGCAUAGGAUUCGUGGAAGCACUGUUAAACCCCCACCCAGCACAGCGUCUAUGCGCAGACACAGCUUCACAAAACCCAUGGCUUGAUUUAUCCUCUGCCAUGGAAUCUGGACUUGAUCUUGCCCAAAAUAAUAUCUCUGAUGCUGGAGAUGCAGAACUCCUUCGUCGGAACCCUGUUCUAGAUCAGCAGACAGUAACCACAGUGCACAACCCUUCGACGACUCGAGCGCCUGAGCCUGUUGACCAGAACUUUCUUCUAGGCCGACAAGAACAAGCAGGUAAUGUCCUGUGGGCUCGAGUUACAGAACCUGCUUCUGAAAGCUCUUCUCGUGAGCAACAAAGAACAAUUGUGAGGAUUAGUGACAGAACUACACCAACUUAUCAUGUGAGUUCCGAAAUCGAGGAAGUCAAAAAUUCCUUCGCUCGAGAGUCACGCGCACUCACCACACAGCUCUUUUAUCGUGCGCAGAGAGGGACUCCAAAUGAUCUUGAGUUACUAGUGGUUUCUUCCAACCACUACAAAGAUCCGACAGGAGGGGUUGGCCUCGACAUAAAUGCAAAAGGAGAGGCUGGGAGAACAGCGCUCCACAUUUCAGUCCUUGCUGGCAAGGUUGAAAAUGCACAAUGGCUAAUUGUCAAUGGUGCAAGUAUUUCAGUAUUUGAUGACGGUGGUAACAAUACUCUCCAUCUCGCAUGCGAGACAGGCAAUUUAUCGAUGGUCAAGAUGUUAUGGGACAGUCACUGGGCUGACCCUUCGCAAAAACAGGCAGCAAAUGGAGAUGCUAAUGGCUCCACUCCUCUCCACAUAGCAUGCAUGCACCGUCAACCACGCAUCGUCGAUUACCUCCUUACUCAAGGCGUUGACGUAAAUAUACAGGUAGCUGGGGGCUUGACGCCUAUACAGGCCACAGCAAACACCUCCGGAGACUUCAAGGAUAUAGUCCAGCAGCUAAUUUUCGCUGGUGCCGAUACAGGCAUCCGCAAUGCUUGGGGAGUGGGGACGAAAGAUAUUGCAUCGGCGAGAGGUAACAUGGGCAUUGUCAGCUUGCUCGAGGCCACGGAGUUGCAUACCGAGUCGAUGGCAUUGGCAAUCCGAGAAUCAAAACUCCCACAUGACGUUCAACCACAAGCGACCGACUCUGUCAAAGCAGGUUCUACCCUGGAGAGUUUUUCGGCUCCAUCGAAGGACUGGGAACCACUCCCAUCUGGCUGGGAGCUUAGGAAAAACGCUUCAGGACGAGCUUACUUCGUUGAUCAUAAUAAGAGAGAAACCACGUGGAUCAACCCUCGUGUUCGAAGUUUUAGCACAGGACUUCGAGCAGAUCCAGAAUUGCACGGUUCGAGGAGUCAUUUACGUCUCACUGGGCCUGAUCCGAUCGCUAUAAUUACAUUUGAGGGAAAGCGGAGUAAGGCCACUAGAAUCAUUAAGAACACCAACAGCCCAUAUUGGGACCAAGAUUUCAUUAUUCAUGUUGAAGAGAAUAGCACCAUUCUCAUAGCGGUGUUCGACAAUUCGAGAUUGACCGACGCGCGUGGUGGAUUUUUAGGCCAGACAUGGUUCAGAAACAGCCCAUCUAUCGUCAGCUCAAAGGCCGGAACUUAG